AUCACAAGACGCCUGCCAUCGCAAACAACCAAACGCAACAGGAUUGUGGGACCUUCUUGAAAUUGUUUACAAGUUACUCAGCCUUUUAUCAUCUGUGGAUGAGUUGUACAGUUUGCGUAUUGAAGCGGAGAGAAGUUGGGUUGUCUGUCUUUGUGAGAACGACACUGAGUCAGGUUGAUUUCUCUGUAAGAGGAGAAAAGGGCACGAAGUUGGCUAGGACUGCGUUCGUCGAGACUUGUGCCGUUUGCAAGCGACCCAAAACAACGUUGGAUUGUUUGUGAGAAUGCCUGUGAGAAGGAGAGACAUUGAGCAUUGAGAGACAGGCAGAAAGCUUGCCAGGAUCUGCCUACAUACAAAGACUAUUGUGAGGACACAAACAUAUCACCAAACUGUGAGACUACCUUGAAAGUUGUCUGACCAAGAGAGAAGGCCUCUCCAUCCUUUGCUUCGGAUAUCAAGAAGCCGGGUUGAUUGCCCCCUUGGGGAGAUGGUGACUGUGACCCUUGUGGAUCAGAACGAUGCCCCAUUGACAUAGGGGAACCUGGUCCGGAGAGCCGCAGACAUCCUUUGUUGGAUGUGUCUGAAGGUGUCAUAGCAACCUUUGGAGCUACUUCCACCAUGGCGGCCGAAGUGCGACUGAAGAAGCUGGAGGAGCUGGUCCUGGACCGGAGAUCGGUGGGCUUGGAGACUUUGGUGGACCUCCUACUCUGUGUCCAUCAUGAGCUGAGCACCUCUCCGUUGGCCCAGGAGAAGUACAUCAGGGAGUUCUUGCAGUGGGCUGAGCCAGUGACGUCCAGACUGAAAGAGCUUCGGCUGCAGCGGGACGAUUUUGAGAUCCUCAAAGUAAUCGGUCGGGGAGCCUUCAGCGAGGUAGCCGUAGUCAAGCAGAAAAGGACCUCCCAGGUGUAUGCCAUGAAAAUCAUGAACAAGUGGGACAUGCUGAAGCGAGGAGAGGUGUCUUGUUUCCGGGAGGAGCGUGACGUUUUGGUGAACGGAGACAAGCGCUGGAUCACGCAGCUGCAUUUUGCUUUCCAGGACGAGAAUUACCUGUACCUGGUGAUGGACUACUACGUCGGGGGCGACCUCUUGACACUGCUGAGCAAAUUCGGGGACCGCAUCCCGAUGGAGAUGGCCCGCUUCUACUUGGCCGAGAUGGUGAUGGCCAUCGACUCCAUUCACCGCAUGGGUUACCUGCACAGAGACAUCAAACCAGACAACAUCCUCCUCGACCGAUGCGGACACAUCCGACUUGGAGAUUUUGGCUCCUGUCUCAAGCUCCGGGAAGAUGGAACGGUCUGCUCCAGGGUGGCAGUGGGCACUCCAGAUUACCUCUCCCCGGAGAUCCUGCAAGCAGUGGAGGACAGCGCUCAUUCUUACGGCACGGAGUGCGACUGGUGGUCUCUGGGCAUCUUCGCCUAUGAGAUGUUCUUUGGCCACACUCCCUUCUUUGCGGACUCCGUCGUGGAGACCUAUGGCAAGAUCAUCCAUUUCAAGGAGCACUUCCGUUUCCCGCUCUCGGCCCCAGAGGUGCCCGCGGAGGCGCUGGCCCUGAUAGCGGGGCUGGUGUGCCCACGGGAGACGCGUCUGGGUCGGCAGGGGCUUCGGGACUUCCAGGAGCACUCCUUCUUCCUGGGCCUGGCCUGGGAGGCCCUGCGGAGCUGCGUGCCCCCCUUCGCCCCCGAGUUCGCCAACCCCACCGACACCUGCAACUUUGACGUGGUGGACGACUGUCUCACUGACAUGGUGAGCGGGGGAGGGGAAACCCUUUCGGACGUCAUUGAGAGCUCUCCCCUCGGCGUCCACCUGCCUUUCGUGGGAUAUUCCUACACUUACGCAGCCGUGAAACAGAAUGAGCCGGAAGAAGAAACGGGCUGCAGGGACCCCGUCAUGGAGGUGGACGGUGCCAGGGAGACAUCAGCCGAAGAGCAAAAGUGGCCCAAACAGGCUCCGGAGGGGAUGGUGUACGAACUACCAGACGGCCAGAAGCUGGACUUGACCACUUUUCUGGAGUUGCAGACGGCGCUGGAGGAAGAGCUGCGGAGCCGGGAGAUGCUGUGCCAGGAGCUCAGCGUGGUCAAGUUGGCCAACCAGACCUUUGCCAGCCAACUGAAGGAAGCCGAGAGCCGCAACUUGGAACUGGAAGCUCAAAUCAAACGCUUGGAGGAGCAGAUCGAAGGGAUGAAAACGAUGGGCGAGGAAGCUCCUCUGCUAUGGAGCCCUCGCUGCCCUGCCACUUUCUUGUGCGGCGUGGAGUGCCCGGCUGAUGCGGCACCAUGGCAUCUCGGCUCUGUGAAUACCCGCUUGUGGUACCUCUGUACCGGCACUUGCUGCUCUUUUCCAGGGUACAUAGGCCCUGCAUCGUCAAGGUGGGAUACCUGCUCCUGUGUACUGGCGGUUUCCGACGGGAGGUCUCUGCCCUUCGUAGCCUUGCAGAUGUGGUUUGAACACUGCUGGAGGAUCCCGGGUCUUUUGCCGCUGCUGUGGGAUGGACCUGUGCCCUAUAGCUGCCUUGCGGAGAUGCUGCGGAUCAGAUACUGUCUGCUUUGGGGCUCUUUGGGGGCCAGAGGGACAAGAACAACACUCCUUCCUGCACUUUGCUCUCUAGAGGCGAUUGUUCUGGCUCAGAUCCCUUGGAGCUUCCCCCAGAGCUUUGCUUUUUUCUCCCUUUCUUUGCAAGCACGACGCUGCUGGUUCCCGGUAACCACUGCCCCACAAGAGUGGGUGCAGAGGAGGCAUUACUUUUAGGGGAAGAUGAGGAAGAUGAGGAGCUGGAACCUUGGAAAGCAAGGCGAGCGCUUCUUUUCCUUGUCCAACCCCUUCACCAAUCCUUCCCCUCUGGCCUUUCCGUAUUUAGCUUUUCAAAUCCCACCUUGCACAGGUGUUUUCCAGGCCCUGCUCCAGUUUGAUCCUACUUGCAUUCAACCUGGACGGGAAAUGCAACCAGCAAAACACAGGAAAAGAGAUUCCACUUGAACAUUAGCAAGAACUUCCUGACCAUAAGAAGAGCUGUUCGGCCUCGGAGUCUGGUGGAAAAGAAGCUCCUUCUUUGGAGGUUUUUAAACAGAGGCUUGGAUGGCCAUCUGUCAGGAAUGCUUUGAUUGUGUUUUUUCUGCAUGGCAGGGUCUAGCAAGAACCUCCUGACCAUAAGAAGAGCUGUUCUGCCUCGGAGUCUGGUGGAAAAGAAGCUCCUUCUUUGGAAGCUUUUAAACAGAGGCUGGAUGGCCAUCUGUCGGGAGUGCUUUGAUUGUGCUUUUCCUACUUGGCAGGGUCUAGCAAGAACCUCCUGACCAUAAAAAGAGCUGUUUUGCCUCGGAAACCAGUGGAAAAGCAGCUCCUUCUUUGGAAGCUUUUAAAGAGAGGCUGGAUGGCCAUCUGUCGGGAGUGCUUUGAAUGUGCUUUUCCUGCAUGGCAGAGCCUUCCUGCACGGCAGGGUCUAGCAAGAACCUCCUGACCAUAAGAAGAGCUGUUCUGCCUCGGAGUCCAGUGGAAAAGAAGCUCCUUCUUUGGAGGCUUUUAAACUGAGGCUGGAUGGCCAUCUGUCGGGAGUGCUUUGAUUGUGCUUUUCCUGCUUGACAGGGACUAGCAAGAACCUCCUGACCAUAAGAAGAGCUGUUCUGCCUCAGAGUCCGGUGGAAAAGAAGCUCCUUCGUUGGAAGCUUUUAAAGAGAAGCUGGAUGUCCAUCUGUUGGGAGUGCUUUGAUUGUGCUUUUCCUGCAUGGCAGGGUCUUCCUGCACGGCAGGGUCUAGCAAGAACCUCCUGACCAUAAGAAGAACUGUUCUGCCUUGGAGUCCGGUGGAAAAGAAGUUCCUUCUUUGGAAGCUUUUAAACAGAGGCAGGAUGGCCAUCUGUCAGGGGUGCUUUGAAUGCAAUUUUCCUGCUUCUUGGCAGAAUGGGGUUGGACUGGAUGGCUCCUGAGGUCUCUUCCAACUCUUAUGAUUCACCAGUUAUCCUCCACCAGAUGUGACUUUGGUGAUUUCUGAAAGGUAAGCCCUGUUUUGUGGAUAGAUUUUGUCUUCAGGACUCCAUACUUUUUGUCGGAAGGCACAUGCUUUGCUGCCAAGUCGGCUUCAGCUUAUAUGAACCGGCAAAGAGACUCUUCCCAGCCUUGGCACUAGGUGAUCCUCAAGGAUUUUUGCAGACAAGGAUUGCUCUCCGCCGGAACCGGAUCCAGGCCGUGCCAUGAUGGUACCUGGGGACUACACAAAGCGGAUGUCUGCAACGGAGCGGCAGUGUCAGUGGCACGUUUUGCUUUGCACAGAUGAGAGUCUGCGACCAAUGCCUCCAAGUCAUGCAUCCUUGGGGUUAAAUGGGGUGGAAGUAAGCCGACAGGGCUCCCAUUUCUGCCCCAAGACCCAGGUGUGACUUCGGAAAAGGUCAAAAGCUCUCUGCUGGCGGUGGGAUUCCUCCACUUUGGACUCAGAACUGCACUUCUAACACUGGGUGGCAUCACUGGCUCCUUCUCGCUCCACACUUUGGGCACGUUCAAAGCCUUCUCUUUCUCAAUAAUUUA